ACCCGAACCGAGCCGGGGAGACGCCCAAAGGGAGGCAGGACCGGACCAGAACCAGGACCAAGUCCGGGCCGGGGAGACGUCGAGGGGACCAGGACCAGAACCGGGAAUUGCUGACCCGGCCCAGAACCAGAACCGAGCCAGGAAGCCGGCAGGGCCCGGACCAGAACCAGGAUCCGAACCGGGACCCGGACCGACCGAGCCGGGGAGACGCCACGAGGGAUUGAGGACCGAGCCGGGGAUUACCGACCCGAACCCAAACCGAGCCCGGGAGACGCCUAAUUGGAGGCAGAACCAGAACCGGGACCGAGCCAAGAAGACGCCAGGGGAGGUAAGACCCGGACCAGAACCAGGAGCAAGGCAGGACCAGACGGAGACCCGGCCCCACACCGAGCCAGAGAGACGCUAAGGGAGGCAGGAUCAGGACCAGAACCAGGGACCCGCCCAAAGGGAGGCAGGACCGGACCCGGACCGAGCCCGGGAGACGCCACACGGGAGGCAGGACCAGAACCAGAACCAGAACCGAGCCCGGGAGACGCCACAGGGGAGGCAGGACCAGAACCAGAACCAGAACCGAGCCAGGGAGACGCCAGGGGAGGUAGGGCCCGGGCCAGAACCAGGAUCAGGACCAGAACCAGGGACACGCCGAAAGGGAGGCAGGACCGGACCAGAACCAGGAUCAGGACCAGAACCAGGGACACGCCAAAAGGGAGGCAGGACCGGACCAGAACCGGGACCAGAACCAGGGACACGCCGUGGGAGGCCGAGGCCGGACACCCCAGGGCCCCCCGGGACCGGCUGCAGCCACGGGUUGAAAGACCCCGGAGCCAUGAAGAAGGCGGCAGCCCCCCGGCGGGCUUCCGACCUGCCCCCCACCCCACCCCGGUCCAGGGUCAUCUCCAAGUCCGCCCAGUAUGUGGGCUCCUUCGCCCUGGAAGAUCUGGGGCUCCAGGAGAUGGUGUGGAUGGUGCAGCAGCAGCUGUGGGCGCUGAAGGACUGUCCCCGGCGCAGAGCCGUCCUACUCAAAUUUAGCCUCCAGGGUCUGAAGAUCUACAGUACCGAGGGAGAGGUCCUUCUGAUGGCCCACGCUCUGAGGAGGAUCGUCUACUCCACCUGGUGCCCCGCUGACCGCCAGUUUGCCUUCGUGGCCCGGAACCCGCACAGCCCAGCCAGCCAGCUCUUCGGCCACCUGUUUGUGGGAAGCCAGCCUGGCGAGGUGCAGAUCCCGCACUUGCUGCUGUGCCGUUCCUUCCAGCUGUCCUACGUCCUGCAGCACCCCGAGGAGCGGGCCCGGCCCGGCCUGGGGCCGCAGCCCGGGACCCCCGGCCCGGCCGGCCCGCUUCGGGAGCCACUCGGCAAGGACCGGGUCUCCCAGAACGUCCUGGCGCUGGUCUCCUUCCGCCGGCUCCCGCCUCAGGGGGACGGGGCCGCCCCGGUCAGCACGAAAGAGGCUCCAGAGCUGGAAGGCCGCGGCGGGUCCCGCAGCUCGCGCCUGGGGAACCCCUACUGCUCCCCGACCCUGGUGCGCAAGAAGGCCAUUCGGAGCAAAGUGCUGCGUUCGGGGGCCUACCGCUGCUCCACCUACGAGACGCUGCUGCAGCAGUCGGCACGGGAGGCCUUUCCUGCCUCCUGGGAUGGCGGGGGCCUGGUCUGUCUGGUGGAGAGUGGGGGCAGCCUGACGGAGAACAUCUGGGCCUUUGCGGGGCUCUCCAGGGCCCGGGCCCUCGCGCUGCUCCGACGAGACGUCCUGGGCACCUUCCUGCUCUGGCCGGAACCGGGGUCCGGAGGCCAGUGGAGCCUGUCGGUGAGGACGCGGUGUGGGGUGGUACCCCACCAAAUCUUCAGAAACCACCUGGGCAAGUUCUAUGUGGAGCACUUGGCAGCCGAGUUCCCCAGCCUGGACGCCCUGGUGGAGCACUACUCCGGCGCAGAACGCGGACUCUUCUGCUCCCUGGACGUGGGCCGCCUGAACCACUGUUACGAGGAGGACGACUGCGGCGGGGAGGCCCUCCCGGGCCCCGACUCCAGCCGAGCGCCCCGGCUCUGCGGCCAGGCCGGACCGCGGGCGGUCCCUCGGGAGCUGGGCUAAUGUCGGCCCCUCGCCCCAACCCCGCCUCGGUGGUUUGCCGGGACCCUCGCCCGCGCACCUGC